CCUGCUCCCGCCGGCUCCCGGCACUGCCCGGCCUCGUUCCCGGGCUAAAGGAACCUCAAGAUUCGGUGCUAAACCCCCCCGGGGACCCCCCAAAACCCAGCCUGACCCCCCCAGCCCGGGGGGAGCUGCCCCGUCCCCAGCUUUAACCGGGGAACCCCGAAAUGGGACGUGGGGACCCCCAAAGCCCUCCCCAAAUCCUUCCCCAAACCCCCCCGGAGCCGUUCCCGGAGCCCCCCCAGUCCUGACCCCACUGGGGGUCCCCUAAAAUGAAGGGUGAGGGUCCUGGGCAGGGCCAGGGUGGGACCCCCAGGUCGGGGAUCCCCCAGGUUUGGGGUUUGACAAAGGGGGAGCAGCUUGGGGGACCCCAACCCCAGCCUGUGGGGACCCCAGCCCCUCAGAGCCUGGGGGACCCCAACCCCUCAGACCCUGGGGGACCCCAACCCCUCAGAGCCUGGGGGACCCCAACCCCUCAGAUCUGGGGGACCCCAACCCCAGCCCGUGGGGACCCCAACCCCUCAGAUCUGGGGGACCCCAACCCUUCAGAGCCUGGGGGACCCCAACCCCAGCCCGUGGGGACCCCAACCCCUCAGAGCCUGGGGGACCCCAACCCCUCAGAUCUGGGGCACCCCAACCCCAGCCUGUGGGGACCCCAACCCCUCAGAGCCUGGGGGACCCCAAUCUCAGCCCAUGGGGACCCCAACCCCUCAGAUCUGGGGGACCCCAACCCUUCAGAUCUGGGGGACCCCAACCCCUCAGAGCCUGGGGGACCCCAACCCUUCAGAUCUGGGGGACCCCAACCCCAGCCCGUGGGGACCCCAGCCCCUCAGAGCCUGGGGGACCCCAACCCCUCAGAUCUGGGGACCCCAACCCCUCAAAGCUGGAGGACCCCAACCCAUGGGGAUCCCCAAACCCAGCCCCCCACCCAUGGGGACCCCAACCCCUCAAAUCUGGGGACCCCAGCCCAUGGGGACCCCCAUCCCCUCAGAGCUGGGGGACCCCCAUCCCCUCAGAGCUGGGGGACCCCCACCCGUGGGGACCCCCAACACCUCAGAGUUGGGGGAUCCCCACCCAUGAUGACCCCCAGGCCCCCUCCCCUCAGCUCUGGGGACCCCCAUCCCACCCAUGGGAACCUCCAACAGCACCUCCCUACCCUUGGAGACCCCAGCCCCAUUUCCCCUCAGCUUCAGGGGACCCCCCCUAUCCCAUUCCCCUCAGUUUUGGGGUCCCCCCCCAGCCCCAUUUCCCCUCGGUUCUGGGGGUCCCCCCCACCCCACUCCCCCCAUUUUUGGGGUUCCCCCACCCCCCAUUUCCCCUCAGCUGUCGGACCCCCAUCCCAGCCCCAUUUCCCCUCAGCUCUGGGGGUCCCUCCACCCCACUCCCCCCACUUUGGGGGUCCCCCACCCCACUCCCCCCACUCUGGGGGUCUCCACUCCUCCAUUUGGGGGUCCCCACUCUGGGAGUCCCCACUCCCCCAUUUUGGGAGUCUCCCCAGGCCCAUUUCCCCUCGGCUCUGGGGGUCCCCCCACCCCAUUCCCCCCACUUCGGGGGUCCCCACUCCCCCCAUUUUGGGGGUUCCCCCAGCCCCAUUUCCCCUCGGCUCUGGGGGUCCCCCCACCCCACUCCCCCCACUCUGGGGGUCUCCACUCCUCCAUUUGGGGGUCCCCACUCUGGGAGUCCCCACUCCCCCAUUUUGGGGGUCUCCCCAGGCCCAUUUCCUCUCGGCUCUGGGGGUCCCCCCACCCCACUCCCCCCACUCUGGGGGUCCCCACUCCCCCAUUUGGGGGUCCCCACUCCCCCAUUUGGGGUCCCCCCGGCCCAGGACGCAUAAAACGCCCCCGCGGUGGCGGCGGGGGCCAAACCAAAGCUGUCCCCAGCAGGGGACACCCACGAGCACCUCAGCAGCGCCCGCUGCCCCUCCCUCACUUUGGGGACUUUUGGGGACUUUUCCCCCCCUUCUCCCCUCCCCUCCCCUCCCCCACGGCGCUCAGGGGGUCCCCCCCAUUCCCAGCCCCCCUUUUGGGGGUGCCCCCACCCCUCCCCCAGCGCUGGAACCAACCCAAAAAAGGGGCUCAGAACCCCAAACUGGGCUGAACCCCAAACUGGGGCUGAACCCCAAACUGGGCUGAACCCCAAACUGGGCUGAACCCCAAUCUGGGCUGAACCCCAAACUGGGCUGAACCCCAAUCUGGGGCUGAACCCCAAACUGGGCUGAACCCCAGACUGGGCUGAACCCCAAACUGGGCUGAACCCCAAACUGGGGCUCAGAACCCCAAUCUGGGGCUGAACCCCAAACUGGGGCUCAGAACCCCAAACUGGGCUGAACCCCAAACUGGGGCUCAGAACCCCAAACUGGGGCUGAACCCCAAACUGGGGCUGAACCCCAAACUGGGCUGAACCCCAAACUGGGGCUCAGAACCCCAAUCUGGGCUGAACCCCAAACUGGGGCUGAACCCCAAUAUGGGGCUGAACCCCAAUCUGGGGCUGAACCCCAAACUGGGGCUCAGAACCCCAAACUGGGCUGAACCCCAAACUGGGCUGAACCCCAAACUGGGCUGAACCCCAAACUGGGGCUCAGAACCCCAAACUGAGCUGAACCCCAAUCUGGGCUGAACCCCAAACUGGGGCUGAACCCCAAACUGGGCUGAACCCCAAACUGGGACUGAACCCCAAACUGGGGCUCAGAACCCCAAACUGGGCUGAACCCCAAUCUGGGGCUGUACCCCAAUCUGGGCUGAACCCCAAACUGGGGCUGAACCCCAAACUGGGCUGAACCCCAAUCUGGGGCUGAACCCCAAUCUGGGCUGAACCCCAAACUGGGCUGAACCCCAAUCUGGGCUGAACCCCAAACUGGGGCUCAGAACCCCAAACUGGGCUGAACCCCAGACUGGGCUGAACCCCAAACUGGGGCUGAACCCCAAACUGGGGCUGAACCCCAAUCUGGGGCUUUCUCGAACCCAAAACCUGGGGUUUGAACCCCAAAAAGGGGCUCGGAACCCCAGACUGGGACUCUGAACCCCAAAAAAGGGGCUCUGAACCCCAAAAAGGGGCUCUGAACCCCAAACUGGGGGUUUUGAACCC